AUGCGCGUCACCUUCUGCCAGGGCGUCUUGGCUGCCGCCAUCGCCGUUAACCUGCUGAUCCUCUACUACAUCUCCAGGCUGCAGCAGCACGUCCUUCAGCGGCACAGGGUCCAUGCCCAGCCCAGCUCCCCGCAGCACCUCGGGACCCUCCGCCCCGGCGUGACCAUCCUCAUCCGAGACUUCGAAGACUUCGAGAACUACGUCCCCAGCGUGGUGCGGUCUUUCCUGAAGCAGCAUCCGGAGCUGCCCGUCUUGGUGGUGGCCGACAGUUGGCCCUACCCUCCUUUGCUUCUCCCCAAGGUGCCCAACGUCCAGCUGGUCAUCCUCAAGCCUUCCCCGGCUCAGCCGGCCUACGUGUCCAGGCCGGAGACCUACGUGAGGACCGAGUACGUGGCCUUGGUCCCUGACGGGGUGAGAGUGGAUUCCGCUUCUCAACUGGAGGAGCUGCUGGAGGAACUCAAGGGCAGUGGAGGGAAAGUGGAGAUGGUGGCAGCCCCAGUCCACUCCCUGCUGCCCUUCCGGUGCCUCCACCUCAAGGUCAGCCUCAGGGAAUGGACAGCGGAGUACAGCGAGACGCCCCCGGCCUCUAAGCUCUGCACCGCCGUGAAGGGGGCCGCCGUGGUGGUCCUCCCCACCAAGAGCUUCUUCAACCUUUCCAUGCCUUUGGCCAAGCCCCUGCUGACCUCCCUCUUCAUCCAGAGCUCCCUGCGCGGGUGGGCCAUCCGGGUGCUGGACCGCUCCUUCUCUUUGCUCCACCAGCCCUUGCUCACCUCCUCCCACAACCAGUGGAAGGCCGACAACCUGGCCAAGGCCAAUCGGCUGCAGCUCUUCCGGGAUUUUGGCAUCAAGCAGGUGAUUCUGGAGGACGGCAAGCAGCAGUGGUUCGGCUGCAGCAAGGAGACGCCGCGCUGCUUCGGCACCAUUCAGGACGACACGCCGGAAUACCUCUACCAGAACCGCUGGACGCCGCCCUGCUGCCUCAAAGCCCUGAGGGAAACCGCCAAAUACGUGGUCAACGUCUUGGAAGUCUCGGGGGUGCGGUACUGGCUGGAGGGGGGCUCGCUCCUGGGGGCAGCCCGCCACCAGGACAUCAUCCCUUGGGAUUACGACGUGGACCUGGGCAUCUACCUGGAGGACAUUCCCAACUGCGAAUUGCUCCGGAGCGCCGAAUCGGGCUCCAUCGUGGACGAGAAGGGCUUCGUUUGGGAAAAGGCCAUCGAGGGCGACUUCUACCGGGUGCAGUACAGCGAGCACAACCACUUGCACGUGGACCUGUGGCCCUUCUACCCCAAGGACGGCCUGAUGACCAAGGACGCCUGGAUGGACCAUCGGCAAGACGUGGAGUUCCCCGAGCACUUUUUAAAGCCCUUGGUGCCCAUCGAGUUUGCCGGCUUCGUUGCUUUGGCGCCCAACAACUACCGCAGCUUCCUGGAGCUCAAGUUUGGGGAAGGGGUGAUUGAAAACCCAGAAUACCCAAACCCAGCCCUGAAGAGCAUGAAUGCGGGGAGGUAA